UGGACACGUCGUCCUCGUCCUCGCCGCCGCCGUCGUGGCGGCCAGUUGAUCGCGCGCAACAUGUCCGGUUAACGUGCACCACCCGCACACGUAGGACGUACCGCACGCAAGACAGUACACGCGCGCUCGUCGAUCCGAUCCCGAAUAAAACGCAAUAAUCGCCCCCUCUCCCCCGCGACAAUAAAGGCCGAAGGAAAAACAGAAAAGUUUCACGGUGGUACCGACCGACCGGCACAUAUUCCUUGUCGUACGGUGUCAUAUCACCCCGAUAACACGUCGCGUCACGUUAUAAACAGCGGUUAAUUGUUUGGAUCGGUUUUUCGUUUUUCUUUUCGCGUACCUAACCGCAAAACGUACACCGCACGCGCAGUACACUCCGACGGGACCGGUUCCGUGUCCGUGAGCGAUGAUGAUGUUGCAGAACCCACUGUUCCAAGAGUACAACACAGCUCUGUCGCAGUUGCUCGAGUUGCACCAACAGCAACACCGGUUUCAACAGCAACACCAGCACCAGCACCAGAAUCAAAACCAUCAUCACCAUCAUCCCAGGCACAAUCGGGGCGCUGCCGUCGGAGCUUUCCAGACGUAUGCAAUCACCGCGGCCAGGACGGCCAGCCGUGACAGCGCCGAGUCGGACGGGUUGAGUUCGUCGUCGCCCAGGCCCUGCAAACCGUUCACCAUCGAUGCGAUACUCGGACUGCAAGCCGGCCAGUCAGCUCCUGUGGCUACCGCCGCCGCGGCCGCGGUCCCGGUCGACCCUUCGGCCGUUACCGCGCUUGACUUUUCCACCGGUUCGGCCGCAACACACGGCAAAAAGCACAGAGAAGACAAAAUCGAUGGUUCCAGUAAAAAACACGGCUGUUCGGGCAAAUCAAAAAGAGUACGAACAAUAUUCACUCCGGAACAGUUGGAAAGGUUAGAGAUGGAAUUUGAACGUCAACAAUACAUGGUUGGUCCCGAAAGACUAUACUUGGCUCACACAUUACAAUUGACCGAAGCACAAGUUAAAGUUUGGUUUCAAAACCGUAGAAUAAAAUGGCGAAAACAACACCUGGAAAUACAGCAACAGAGGUUGGCUAAUAUACAUCAAAGGAGCACGCAGGACAUGGUUCAAGAAUGCGAUGAAGACGAGGACUCGGAAGCGGAAACCAAUAAUUGUUCAUAUUACUCAUAAACGUUACGAAAAAUUAACAAACGUAGUUUCACUACUGUGUUUAUCAUCAGAAUUCAACGAUCCGCGUGGUCUAAACGCAUGUCGUAAAUAUUAUAUAUACUUAUAUAAAUUGACAUGUAGUGCGUUGCUCAUACGAUAUAAUUUUACAAGACGACUACACCACGUAUUAUGCGGGAUACGAUGUUCGAGAAAAAUAUUUUUAAACGUUUGCCCCGGGCCCUAAACAAUAAUAUGAUUAUAUAACUUAAUACUGUAAUAUGCUACCUGUAGUCAUGUAAGUUUGUUGAAAUCGUUUUACAAGUAACAACGGUCGCAAAUCGAAAUCUGAAACCAGUGUUCGAGAACAUUGUGUAUAUUUUUACUUUUCAAAUGAUUGGAGGUUUAUUACACUUCAGCUGAUGUGUUGAGUGUACAUGAUCGUUAAAUAAAUAGCGCAUUAGAAUAUAAUAUAGGUUAGAUGUUCCGUUUAUUAUUAAUUAUAAUAUAUUACCAAUG